ACUUCAUUGCCCACUCUACCCACAUUUCGAGAGCCAUUCGUCAAGAUCUAUUCGUAAUGUCUUCUCCACCUGACGCCGGCAUCGCUCGUGCCCACCUCCGCGUCGCCCGACCGACCGACAACCUCGACGUGCUGCUUCAUUUCUACGAGGCAGGACUCGGCUUCUCCGUGCUCUUCCGAUUCGCAGACCACGCUGGCUUCAACGGUGUCAUGCUCGGCCAUCCGUCCGCCGACUAUCAUCUCGAAUUCACAUCGAACCGUGAACAUUCGGUGGGACGAUGUCCAACGUAAGAUCACCUGCUGGUGUUCUACUUGCCGGAUUCAGAGCAGUGGGAGAAGGCGGUCGGGAGGAUGGAGAGGCAGGGCUAUCGUCCGGUUGGGUCGUUGAAUCUGUACUGGGAUGUGCAUGGGAGGACGUUUGAGGAUCCGGAUGGGUAUCGAGUGGUGUUGCAGAACGCGGGAUGGUCAAACCGGCUACAGAGCGAAGCAUAACUUCGAGGACGGCAGCGGCGCAGAUGCAGUGUUGGAUAUUAUUCUAAUAUAUCU